AUGUUAUUAUUCCCUGUGUUUAUAUCAUCAAUAGUCGGUAAAUCAGUUACGGAUGAUGUUCCGAGAAGUAAAAUCAGAGUUCCGGUGCCAGUUAAUAUUUCCGGAGUAAUGUUUUGCAAUCGUGUGUCAGCCUAUGCAGUGCUUAUUAAUAUCGUGGAAGAAGUUCCAUAUGAGGCAGAAGAAGGUAAGAAAUACGGUAAAUUACGAAUUAGCGACUACAAACUUUCUGACCGUGAUGGUUAUUUCGAGAUCGUCGGUCGCAGAUAUAUUAUAACGGAUCUGUUGUUAUUGAAUAUUACUCACCAUUGUUUGCCAAAUUCAAAACGGAAAAAGUAUCGGAACUGCUUUACAAAUAUCAUGUACAGAAUUCGCAGUGAUCUAAAAAAUAUGAGAUAUAAUGUCGGUGAAAUUUAUCUGGAUCGAUUAGAAUUGCAAAAUAAUGUGCAAUGCCGUGAAUGGCCCUAUGAAUAUCCUCAAUUCGUUAAAGAUUAUAUCGCUAAAAAUCCAACAUAA